UGCUGCUGUGGUUUCUAAUUCACACCCACAUAAAUCACCCUUCACUCUGCGUCUGUGUGUGUGUUUAAAGAAAGGGAGGAGCUUUUUUUGAAAGGGUGACAAGAAAGGGAAGUUAGAAAAAUUGUGGUUGGACUGACCUGGUAGUUGUUGUACACUCGCUUUUUUGUUCUUUGCCUGUCAUUUUCACUAUGAUUAAAAUUUUUGCAUAUGCUUCUCUUCUUUAUGCUCUCAGUCCUGUGGAGAUGGGGCCUCUCAACAUAAAUGGAAGUACUGAAGCAAAUGUGACAUUCAUAUGUUCCAACUGGAAUGUUUGGCUUAGUGUAAAACACAAUAUCAAGUACUUUUGUCAUAGUCCAUGCUCAAAAAAUGAGGACAUAAUCCUUAAAGCAGCAUUUGGAAAGACUACAUCUAACAAUCAAAUAAAGUUAACUAACGGUGAAGAAGGUUUAUCUGUGACAUUCACUAACCUAAAGAAGCCAGACUCAGGAAAAUAUUUUUGUGGAACAGAGAGACGUGGUCCAGAUGCAUUCAUAGAGGUGAAUCUUAAAGUUACAGAUCCUGAAUUCUCCAGAGCCAAGACAACUCCAAAAACAGUCAUCAGUGGUUCUACUCCCUCAUAUGAAGUUACAAACAGCUCCACAGUGUCUUCGAGUAGCUCAGAUAUCAUGUCUGUGUCUGUCAUCAUCCGUACAACAAGAGCAACUUCUCCAUCAGCCACUCAAGCACAUGGAAGUGUACCAUAUUUGAUGAUAGGUGCUGUUGUUCUCAUAACCAUACUGAUUGUCCUACUGAAGUUUAUGAGGAAGAUGACAAAGAAACAACUAAAAGUUGUGUCGAGGGUAGACACUCUACCAGAAGACACACAAGAUGAUGUUGAAUAUGAUGAAAUCAGAUCUGAAGACCAGCGAACCGUGAGCCAGGUUGAAGGUGUCUCUACCGUGUACUAUUCUGCAGACCCAGACAGUCUCUAUGCUAACUAUUCCUACCACCAAAACACUGGAUUAGCAAUUCACUGCUCUCUCAGUUCAAAGUUGGCAUAUCCAGUGAGGACAGUCACAGAUUCUCAAUGUGACUUGGUGUACUCUCUUGUUCAGCUACCCAAAAAGCAAACUAAACCCACUGGUCAGUCUGAACCAAACCAGUCUGAAAGUAAUGAAAAUGAGUCUUUGUAUUCUCUGGCAACCUAGCACACAACAUGAAAGCAGCUACUGUGACCAAAAUAGAUGAAAACUUACUUGAUCAUACUGAUUAUGACUUUGUAAUGAAAAUGUAGAGAUAUAAUGCAGUUUAAAAUCGCUUAGUCCAUGAACUGAACAGUUUCUCCCAGAUUCUGGUAUUUUCAGUGAUAGAGGUUGGUACUCUCAAUGAGUAGACAGCACUGCAACCAGUGUACUCAAGACAAAAGAACAAUUGACAAAGAAAUUUUCUAUUUAAUUAUACAACAGAGUAAUUAAUGUGUCUGUUCCGUGAGAGUUUGAUAAAACUGAUUAUUUACAUUUCCUUUUUUCCUUUUUUUCAUUUAAAUGUCAGUUUAAUAUUUCUCAAAUUUACCCAUUGUUGAUUCCAAACUAUUACUGGAUGCUUCAGUAAUCACAUUGCAAAACUCACAAAUGACCUCUUUAUUAUCAAACAAGUACCCUGUUAUUACCAUGUUAUAACAGGGACUUACAAUAUUUUGUAGGACCUACGAAAUAUUGUUAUAUUAUUCCCACUUGUUUCCCACUGUUUAAUAUCAAUAAACAUCACAUGUAUUUUUACUUAAAUUUAAAGUUAACUGUGUAUUGUUAUGAACUUACGCUAUGGUGAAAGUGUAUUUUUAUUUUAUCAUUUACUCAUGUAAGACAUAACCAUUAUUUUAUUGAGCUCCCUUGAAACUUGUGUGGCAUGUAAAAUUGUUAACUUUCAGGAUUUCGUAUAACAUUACACUGCUGAUUUGUUGUAUAUACACUUUUUUAUAUUGCUUUGUAUGUUGCUAUUUUUAACGUACAUCUAUGUUAUAUUCAUGUGGAACUCAAAAUGAGUCUUAGCUUUGUUUUUAAUUCCUUUGACACUUUAACACUUUGGUUUGUAUAGCUACUUGAAGCAUGAUAUACAAAUACAUUCAAUUCAUUCAUUCAUUCAUUAGAUGUUGUUUUGUUUUGUUUUGCUUUGUAUUUCUUUUGCAUUUGAUGGAAUAUUUGGAUAUGUCUUGCAAAUUUAUUGAAUCUGAGAUUUGAUCUGAAUCUCAUACUGUUAUCAGAUGCAAAUUUACUGCAUUAACAUCUUACGCAUAAACACAUAUUUAGUUUCUUGCAGAGAGUAAGAAGAUUGACACCAUUCUCUUUCCUGGUCUUUGAGUAUUGAGCUUCAGACAGGAAAUGAAUAGCUUUGCUUACCAUUAAAACUAAAAGCAAGGGUAAACAGGGAACAUAUGACCCUAAUUAUGUUGUAGCAGCUAAAUGCUUAUGUAUAGGCCUUGUGACUGGUUCUGUUUGUUCACUUCUGCAAAGUUGACCUAGCUCUAGUCUAGUGUAACUUCUGCUUCUUAUCUGCUCAGAGUAUUUCUCUGGCAUAAGAGUGAAGGCUGACAGCAGGGACAGCAAGGAUACUCAAGCUAAAAUGCAGGAUCAUAGACUCAUAGACACAGAACAUGUUAACAUAUUCACAGCAAGGCUUUCAGUAUAUAUGGUGUGUCUUAAUUCUCUUUUUAUAGGCUUUGAGGGACAUUUUGUAGUAACAUUUUGUUUGUCAAAAGUGUCUCCUCACUGAAAUGACGUAAUAGCAACUGAAUAAUUUUAAUGCAAACUGAGCAAACAUCAUUUACAAACCUGGACUAAGGGAUGUGGCUGAAAGCUCUGUCAGAAUAUUAUUUAUCAAACUGCUUGAUUAAUGCUAAAGCAAAAGACUGUGCUCAUGGUUAACAGACAUUACUGUCACGGCCAAAUUAAUCAAGUAUUUGUUUCAGGUUUAGCUGCAUUAGCCACACAGCAGAAUACAAAGUAAAGUCAGAGCAAAAUUGAAAACAAAACACAAAGACCAUUUCCAUCAUAUUCAUGCACAUUUUCAGUUUACUCAUAAAUCAUCACAUAAAUGAUGCACGUGAUGGGAAAAGAGGCUUUAGAGAUGAAAAGCAGUGGCACACGAAAACAUCAAAUAUGCAACAAGGAGACCAUAAUGUUUCUUAAAUCAAUCAACAGAAACUCCAGAUCUCCAUUAUAUUUUUGACAUUGUUUUCCACACCUUUAUUUUCAUUUUUUUUGUAAUGACAUCUUGUCAAGUUUUUUCAUGUUUUUUCUACCAAUAUUGUUUACACUCUCUCUUUAUACCUUCUCUUUUAAAGCACACACACACAACCAUAGCCAAUAGAAGUCACCCUUGGCAGUACGAAUGCCCUCUAGUAGCUGUUUUUGUCAUUUUUGCUACGGAUGUUGUGGACAUCUGCCACCAGAGGAAGAGAGCAGUGGCCUGGGGUGCCUGCUCUGUUGUCAAUGACAGUCAAUGUCAUUUGCUGCAGUGCAAAAAAUUAGCCAAAUCUCUCUCUCUUACACACACACACAGUCGUGUUUUCAUAACUUCUGGGAACAUUACAUACACUUACAUUCAGUUCCUGUACGAUUAACCACCACCUAAUCAUAACAAUAAACAAUACCUGGCUAAUCCUAGCCCAUACUUUAACCUAACCCUAAUCUUAGCCUAACCUUAAAGCAAGAAAGUGAAAUUCCAUGUCCCAACAGCUAGCUUCACCAACCAGGGAUCGGACCACCAAGGUCUCCACCUUUGUCUGCUGCCUGAUCCACACUGUACCAGAUCGCUUUGACUCCUGCAGGUGGUGAGCCCAAUGGAGGAAAUACAUUUUUGUGUUUAAUAAUAAUUUUUGCUCAUAUUUGUUCUGUUAUAAUUUCAGUG